AAUUAAUUACAUACUAGUGAAAAUAGUAAUGAAAAUGUAUCAGUUACACCCGUAAAGGGAGGUUAAAUAUAUAGUGGGAAAAGAAGAGGUAGGGUAACGUACAGAGUAAAAUAGAUUGUAGCAGACAGUGUUUGUCACAGGGACGAGCUUAGUAAUCGUUUCAUGCUCGCGUGAUGAUCAUCAACACGAAUACUCAAUUGACGUCCUAGUUUUUUACUAGAUUUAUUUAGUUAUUAUUAUUUUUAUUUUUAUUAUUCAUAUAAUUAUAAUAAUACUGUUGUGAAAAUUAAAAAUAUGGAAACUGAAAAAUUAAGUAAAAAAGAAAAUAAAACCAAUGGUGAUGCUCAGCUUACCAUGGUAGAAAUGGGAGAAGUUAAUCACUGUUCCAGACCAUCAAUAUCAGGAGAAAAUAAAAGAUCCGGGUAUUUAGUUACGUUAAUGCACUUUAUAAAAGGAAACAUUGGUUGUGGAAUGUUAGCUAUGGGAGAAGCCUUUAAAUACGGAGGCUUAUACCUCACACUGUGUAUUUUGUUGUAUGUAUGGUUAAUAAGUGUCUACAAUAUGCAUGUUUUAACUACGUUAAGUAAGAAAGUUCAGAACCGUUUGCAAACCAAACGUGCACCAUCAUUUGGUGAUACAGUUGAAAAUGCAUUCAAAAUGUCUGAUAAAUGGAUAUUUCGAAGUAUAUCAAAUAAUAUUAGAAAGAUUGUUUUUUAUAACAUACUUAUCACACAACUUGGUUUAUGCAGUGUAUAUAUUCUAUUUAUUAGCACAUCAUUACAAAAACUCUUACUUCAAUAUUCGUAUGAGAUUAAUAUUCAAACUGUUCUAUUAUUUACAAUGCCUUUGAUAAUGUUAUGUGCAAGUUUAAGAAAAUUGCGAUUUAUAGCACCAUUAUCAACUUUGGCCAAUUUUGCAUUGAUUACUGGUGUUAUUACGAUAAUGUAUUAUAGCUGUUCUGGACCAUCAGCUGAGAAUGUUAGAUAUUCAUAUGCUAAAUGGUCUGAAUUACCAACAAUGUUCGGCAUAAUCAUGUUUAGUUUUGAAGGAAUUGGAUUGGUUUUACCUCUUUUUGCGGAGAUAGACGAUGAUAAAAAGUUCACAUCAUGUUUUGGAGUCUUAAAUUUUGGUAUGGUUGCUGUAAUGAUGUUAAACGUUCCUUUGGGUAUGACUGGCUAUUCGAAAUGGGGAGAAGACGUAAAAAGCAGUCUAACAUUGAAUCUACCACAUGAUCAUGAAUUAACACAAUUUGUAAUAAUCAUGAUGAUAUUGGGAAUAGCUUGUUCAUAUGCGCUUCAAUUUUACCCUGCAGCCGUAAUUGUCUAUAGUGACCUUGAAAAAACCUAUGGCCCGUUUAACCAUCCUGCAAUAUGGGAUUAUAGCAUCCGGAUAUGUGUAUGUCUUGUUACUUACCUGGCAGCUAGUACAGUUCCGCAUUUGGACCUAUUCAUGUCAUUAGUGGGUUCUGUAACUUGCGUUGCACUCACAAUGAUUUUCCCUGCAUUAUCUAAUUUGGCGUUCCGGACAAAAGACAAAGGUUCAUUUUUCAGUACAUUUUUAGAUAUGGUAACCAUACUUACGGCAGUUAUCGGUUCAGUCACUGGAAUUUACGCCAAUACAACUGCUAUUUAUGAGGCGUUCUCUCAAAACCACAGCAAUGGCUAAGUGAUUCAAACGAUUGAAAAAAUGAAGUAAAUGAUGCGAAAGUAAGAAAAUUAAUGAAUAAAAAACGUCCCUAAUAAAACUAUAA